AUGGAUCUCCGUUACAGCCCGCCUCGUAAGAGAUCCAACUCCUUCCAUACGUCUUCUCAGAACAACGCCCAGUUCGCCCAUCCAGUGCAUGCGGAAACUGACCCAAUGGAUAUCGAUCGUCCAGGACAUGCAACUCAAGAUUCUACCACUGUGUUGUCUUCUGCUGGCGCUACUGCAGCAAAUUCUGAUAUUCUGCAUCACGGAGAGAACAACAUCUCGCCCGAGGAACGAAGGGUCGAAGUCUAUACUCGCUCGAUCAACCUGUCUCCAAAGACCAAAGACGCUGCCACAAAUGACUUAUUCCCUUACCGCAUGCCAUUUUUUUUUUACAAUGAAAAUCUCCAUCGCUAUGUAAUGUGA